UGUGUUUAUCUUCCAUGAAACUGACAGACAACUUAUCUCUGAUAACGGAGGAAGAUAGGAUCUGCAAUGGCCAGUUCUGAUGAUGAGGUUCGGCAGGUACCUGGGAACAUGGAUGACGUAGAUGAGAAUACCAUCAAGAUCCUGGUGGCUACCGACUGUCACGUAGGAUACAUGGAGAAAGAUUCCAUCCGUCACAGCGACUCCAUCAACACCUUUGAGGAGAUCCUGCAGCUGGCACGUAAAAACAAGGUUGACAUGGUGUUGCUUGGAGGUGACCUCUUUCAUGAGAACAAACCCUCCAGGAAGUCCCUCCAUGGGGUCAUGACCCUGCUUAGGAAGUACUGCAUGGGUGACAGACCGGUCCAGAUCGAGUUCCUCAGCGAUCAGAGCGUCAACUUCGCAGCCAGUCCAUUCCCCAGUGUGAACUAUGAAGAUGCAAACCUGAAUAUUGACAUGCCUGUCUUCUCUAUACAUGGCAAUCACGAUGAUCCUGCUGGGCUGGGUAAUCUAUGUGCUCUAGACAUGCUGAGUGUCUCUGGCUUGGUGAACUACUUUGGUAAAAGUACCUCGCUGGAAUCGGUUGAGAUCUCCCCCAUCCUCAUUCAGAAAGGAACAACCAAGCUAGCUACGUUUGGACUAGGUUCCAUACGAGAUGAGCGUCUUCAUCGGAUGUUUCUAUCAGGAAAGAUCUCCAUGCUGAGACCAAAGCAGAAUGCUGAUUCCUGGUUUAAUAUCUUUGUCAUCCAUCAGAACAGAGCCAAGCAUGGCGAGCACAACUACAUCCCCGAGCAGUUCCUGGACAACUUCAUUGACCUGGUCAUUUGGGGUCACGAGCAUGAAUGCCUGAUUGACCCUGUAUGGAACGCUACACAGAACUUCUUCAUCAGCCAGCCUGGCAGUAGUAUAGCCACCUCAUUAUCGCCUGGAGAAGCUGAGCCUAAGCAUGUAGGCCUGCUGCAGGUUCGCGGGAAGGCCAUGAAGUGCACCAAACUCAAACUGGAGACUGUCCGACCGUUCUACAUUGAAGACAUAGCCCUCCAGGACACAACCCUUGAUCCUGACGAUGUCAAGCUCGCAGAGAAAACCAGCGCAUUUUGCACUGAAAAGGUGGAAGCCCUGAUCCAGAGAGCAGAAGAUGAACACACCGGUAACAGAAAACAGCCCACGCUUCCACUGAUUCGGCUUCGGGUUGACUACAGUGGGGGAUUCGACACAAUCAAUGUGAACCGUUUUGGGCAGAAGUUUGUAGGUCGUGUGGCUAACACAAAGGAUCUUGUCCGCUUUACUAAGAGAAGAAUACAAUUAAAAAAAGAGGAUACCAAACCUGGAGAAGACUUGGGGGAAUUCCUCAAGCCAGAGGCUCUUGAAACGGAGAGAGUGGAAGACCUCGUUCGCAAGUACUUCUCUGAGACAGAAGAGACUAAGCAGCUGGAGCUGCUGUCGGAGAAAGGCCUGGGUCAAGCGGUCAGGGAAUACGUGGACAAGGAGGAGAAGGAAGCCAUCCAAGCCCUCGUUAAACACCAGCUCUCCCAAACGCAAGGUCAACUCAAGAACAGAAAAACAACAGAGGAACAUAUCGAUGAUGAGUUACAUCGAUUCAAGGUGGAGAGAAGGGAGAUGACUGAAGCUGACGUUACCCAAGAAGUCAAAGCGGCCAUCACUGAAGAUCGCAGCCAGAGACCAGACGCUUAUUCACAAGAUUAUGGUGUGGAUAGCGACGAGGAGAGCAUCGGGGGCGGCAAUGGAGACGGCCCUUCCAGGUCUACCAGAGGGCGUGCAAGAGGAAGGGGAGCGGCUGGAAGCACAGCAAGAGGAAGAGGUAGCAGGGGUGGCAGGGGAAGCAGAGGAGGUCGAGGAAGAGGUCAAAGUUCAUCAAGUCGAGGGUCAGCUCCUACCCAACAGACCCUGCUGAUGACAUCAUCGAGCAGCAGAACGAAGCCAGGAGUUCUUGCAUUUGAAGAUGAUGAUGAUGAUGAUGAUAUGGAGGUGUCGAUGCCAGCGUCAAGGGGCAGCAGAGCACCAAAAGCAACGAAGAACAAAGUGAUCAACAUCAGUGACUCUUCAGACAAUGACAGCGAAGAUCCAUUCAGUGCCAUGAGCUCAUCCAGCAGGAGUCAGGCAAAGAGAAGCAGACGGAACUAACAUCUCGGAGUAGCAAACACCUAUGUUCCUAUGGACCAAGGAUGGAGAGAUAGGAGGAAAUAUCCAACCAGUCUGUUGGACUGCUAUUAAUCUUGCUCUCUACACUGUGCCUCAUAAAAAUGUUGGUUAUUAUAAGCAACAUGUGGUUGUCACACUGAACUAAUGAUUUUUGUGAGGCACUCUGUAAUUUCAGUACUUCUCAAAGAAGGCCAUUCUUAGUGGCUAGUUUUCUCACUUGUGAAGUGGCACUCUUGAAAUUCUCUGUGGGCUACUUGUAAAGCGCAAACGGUGCAUGUUGCAUCUAAGCACCCACCCCAGUACAUACUAUACUUUUCUUCAAGCAAAUUUUUGGAUGUGGAUCAUUGAAGCAAUAAUGCGCCUUAAUAACAACCUAUUUUGUACAUAUUGUGCAAUCGUUGACAAAAGCCACUUCAGAAAUCAACAGAUAAUUGUAGACAGCUGGUCACACCAGCAUGUAAGGAGAGUCCUACAUAAGCAAAUCAAAUUGGUUGGUUGCAUCUUAGAUGAUGUUGGGUUUUACUAAUCUAUUCAUGAACAGAAGUAGCAAACCAUUUCUCGCUCAUGUAUCCGAAGAACUUUGUGGAUCACAGGAUGUAAUAAUAAUAAUAAUCUUUUAAAUUCCACUUCAAAUUUUGUUAAGACCGAAAAUGUAAAUUCUUUUUGCCCAAUUGAUCGUCAGCCC